CUUGCAGCCAACGGCGAAUUGAUUGAGUCUUCUGUUGGAGGCACCGUCAACUUCGUCGUGCGGCUACCGGCGGGUAAUACCGCCACUUUACAAUUCGGAGGAGCAGUUUACCAGCCUUCUUCACCUUGUAACCUUAUCCCGGGGUUAUAAGCUCAAGAUGCAGGGCGUUCUUUGGAACCAGAAGAACGACACGCUCUACCAUUCUGAUACCGGCCAAAUGCUGAUGGAGUUGUACAACUUCAACGGCGUACCGGCCAUUCAGGGCGCGAGGCCCAACACCAACAACAAACACCCGGUUACCGUCGCCUUGGCAGUGGUGCCGUACAUGAAGAUGCACAGCCGUCUCCUCCACGCCAGUAAGGGCGUAAUCACAGAGGCUUGUCGGCGUGCAGGCAUUGCUUUGACCCACAAGGGCGACGACUUCUGCGAGGGUUGCGUCCGUGGGAAGAUGACAGACGAGCUCGGCAAGGAAGCUCCCAUCCAAGCCGAGCAACCUCUCGAUUUUAUACGCGUGGAUGUCGUCAGCCACAGCCCUCCUGCUAUGUUGGGCUACCGCUCUAGCGUCCAUAUCAUUGAUGUUCACUCCAAUUACCACUGGGUCAAUUUUGCCCGGUCGAAAAAGGAGAUCUUGUCGGAACGAAGCCGCCUUGAUGGCUGCAUUCAACGGACCUUGGUGGUUGAUUGGUGCCAGCACCGCAACCCCUCUUCCUUACAUACUUAGUCCUCUCCCAUGCCCAUCAACAGGAUGGUCAAUCAAUCACUUUUACCACCUUAAAAAUUCAAUCCACUGCUUUGACUGGGAAUAGCUUCUUCCAGCGCAUAUCUGAGCGGUCGUCGCCCUGCAGGUUCCAACAGAUCUUUGUGGUUCUGAGAGACUGGACCAAGAUGAUACAUACACAAACUGGCCGAUGGAUCAGGAUGAUUGGUAUUGAC